AUGGCUGCUCUCGCAAAACGAGAAUUCGCUGAACUCGCCCUCGAUGGAAACAAUUUCCUCACUUGGGCACUUGAUGUUGAGAUAUAUCUCCAAUCUACAGAACCGCUGGACACCAUUGAAGAGACAUCUACGAGCACUGCAGCCCAGAAGGCGAAAGCGCUCAUUUUCCUCCGCCACCAUCUUAACCACGACCUCAAGAAUGAAUACUUAACAGAAAAAGACCCCUAUGUCCUCUGGAAAUCUCUUAAGGCACGCUUUGACCAACAGACGUCAUUGGUCCACCCCCAGGCCCAACAUGAUUGGCUUAACCUCCGAUUUCAAGACUUUAAGUCUGUGACUGAAUACAACUCCGCCCUACACAAAAUUGUGUCACAAUUGAAGCUCUGUAAGCAAACAAUUACGGACGAGGAUCUGAUUGAAAAAACUCUAUCCACGUUCCAUCCAAAUGACCUUGUGCUCCAGAAGCAGUACAAGAAUACAAAAUAUGAUACGCAUCCAGAGCUCAUUACGGAUUUACUAGUGGCGGAAAAGCAUAGCCAGUUAUUGAUGCAAAAUCACAAUGCGCGUCCAACUGGCGCUGCUCCUAUGCCUGAAGCACACACUGUUGCCCAGCAGAGCAACAAUCGGCGGGGUCGAGGCCGGGGUAGGGGGAGAGGUCGUGGCAGGGGCCUAAAGCGAGGUGGCAGAGGGGGAGCUAGCGGUAGUGACUACCGUCCUCAGAACAAGCAAACUCAAAGAAAUAGACCAAACAAGUCACAACAGAACUCCGGUCAGUCGCAGCCAUGUUAUAAAUGUGGUUGCAAAGGACAUUGGUCUAGGACAUGCAGGACUCCUAAGCAUCUGGUCGAGGCUUACCAAAAGAUGCUACAGCAGGAAGGAGGACAAAAGAAGAAAGAUUCUGGGCAAUCAUCUUUGCCUGAAGCAAAUGCCCUCAUCUUAGGGAAUGAUGACCUGCUAGGCGAUGAACUAGCUGAUUAUGGAGAUCAGGAGUGA